AUGACACAAUUCAAGCAACCGAGCGGAUUUCAAACCGUCACCGUCAUCGGUGGAGGCUUCAUGGGAGCUGGGAUUGCGGAAGUAAGUCGUACUUGGGAAAAAUGCGGGAGCUUGCUGCAUUUUCCGUAUCAGUCUGUCGGGAAAAUAAUGAGCACAGUCUUGCUGCACCAACGACCUCGCUGAAGUCAAAAGCAAUUGAUUUUAUACACACUUCAUUUUCUCGGCGAUGCAAUUUUCGAUGCAACAGAGUGCCCAUUAUUUUUCCGACAGAAUGAUAUAAACAUAUUGACUAUGUCUUUCGGUCUGUCGGGAAAAUAAUGUGGAUUUUCCGAGCCUUGAAAUCGCCCAUUGCCGCUGCUAUAAAUCUCCAGCAGCUGGCCGCGGCUGGAGAUUUGGUGGGCGACGGCGGCGAGACGUUUUGCUACGAAAAAUCCACAUUAUUUUCCCGACAGACUGAUAGUAUUUUUUACUAUAAAAAAUUAUAUUGGUCUGUCGGGAAAAUAAUGAGAUUCAUUUCCCCGCCGGCGAUGCGAUUUUCGGCGCGACAUUGCGUUCAUUAUUUUCCCGACAGACAAUGAUAUAUCAGCCCAUAGCCGAUUUUAACACCAAAGAAACGGUAUAAUCAAAAAAAAACUUGGCAACUCGCGCCCUAUACAAGCCUAUACGGGUUGACAGACAGAUAUAUGAUGACUUUUUUUUGAUAUAUGAUGACUUUUUUUGUACCAAUCUUAAAACCGCUCCACUUUUCAGGCCUUUGCCUCGCAUGGCUUCGACACUACAGUCUACGAUAUAAAUCAGCAAGCCAUUGACAGAUGCAAGCAGCAAAUUGAGAAGAGUAUUGAAAAGGCCUACAAAGGACGCUUUCACAAUGUAAGUUUGCCAUUUUUUGUCACUUCAAUAUGAUCCUACGGUACUUAUUAAUAAUAUAAAAAAGUGGAGAAGAUGUGAGAUGGGUGCUUUUUGCUCAUCACUCACAAAUUUUAUAUUAUGAUCGGUGUUGAUUGCAAGAGAGAAAACGCUCUUAUCACACUAGAGCAAUGUGUAACUGAACACACAUUGUUCAAGGUGUCUUUUGUGUUUUAUGAAGCGUAUAAUCAAGCACCUAAAAGUAAUCGUUUAUUCUUAAAAAACUGAUUUUUUCGGCUUUCGUAUUUUACUAUGCAAAGGUUCUGACAACUUUUUUUUGAGUUUCCCUUGAUUUUUAGCCGUUCUCAGGUUUUCGUGGUGGGACCAAAAAAAUCUUUUUUUUCUAAAAAAAUGAAAAAAUCAUAAAAAUUAGAUAUUUUUGAGUACUUUUUAAACGAAAAUAAAAAGAAUCUACUGAUUUUUUCAACAAAAAAUCGCACCAUUCUAGAAGCAGUUAAAGUUCUUGUUUACCAUUCAAAAAAGAUUGUAGGAUCGCACCCAUUACAAUGCACUUUUCAUUCAGUAAACACGUUUUUUACAAAGGUUAACGAUUAGUAAUUGACGUCAUGACGCUGUACAACAAUCGGUGAAUUUGAUACACCAAAUUAAGCAAUUAGUUUUGAGGCAGAUGUUUUUCACAUUGAAAUUGGACAAAACGUUGUAGCGUCUGUAAAAAAAAGUCAUUGUCAGCGUAAACAAGGCCGCCGGGCCGGGCGGAACCAACUUUGAAAUGGCCAAUUUGUAAACGAAGACGACUUUUGAGCGCUAGUAGUAUUAGUCUGUCCAGAAAAUAGUGACGGGUCGUCCCAGCAAAAUGCUUCGUCUCGUCGAAAAAAGCGCCGAGUUGACCCUCGAAAAGUUAUGAUGGACGAUUCAAAGGCGCGAUGAUACGUCUUUUACAGCGAUAGACCUGAUCCAGUGGCAAAAAACGUACCAUUUUGCAUUCGAGAAGUACCAAAAAUGUAGCAAAAUGCCUCCCUCUCCAAGUGAAAAAACUUGGUUUUGAAGGGCGCCUCACAAAAAGAGCGGGCGCGUUUUUGAAAUCGGAGUUUUUUUCACUCGGAGAGGGAGGUAUUUUACCACAUUUUUGAUACCUCCUGGGUGCAAAAUGGUACGUUUUUUGCAACUGGAUCAGGUUCCCUUACUGUAUUUUCCAGACAGACCGAUAUUAGCCAAGUUUUGUUAAAUUAGGAUACAGUACAGUGGCGGAGCCGGUCCAUUGGCAAAAAACGUACCAUUCUGGAUCCGGGAAGUAUCAAAUUGCCACAUUUUUGAUACUUCCCGGAUGCAAAAUUAUACGUUAUUUGCCAAUGGAUCAGGUCCCUCGCCGUAGCAGGCCUAGAAAAGCCGGACUUGGCCGAGGAAAGUUUGAAACGAGCAAGGCCAACCUAACCAUUCGAACCCAAGUUUGGAGAAGUAUUUUUCGGGGUCUUUGCUGUAAAUGUUUUCCUCUUUGUGUAUACAAGCUUAUGUGUCAGCCCGCAGAAAGAUUUAAUGAUUUUCUGACGUCAAAAAAUCCAUGUUCCAUUGAAAGGUUUUCGUGUCUGAACCCCAAAAACCGUGUGUCCCAACUUUCCAAUUUGCCGUUCAAAUCAAAAAUUUGCAGCCAGGCCAACAGUUGAGCUUGAACUUGAACUUGGAUUUAGUCACGUUGAAUUCCAAGUUCAAGCUUUGUGAACCUGAAAUUGAUGAGUUAUCGAGCUUCAACUGAACCUCAAAAUUUUACAAAGACCUUCUCGAGCCCGCAACUGCAACGAUUGGUUUCCAAAUCUCAGACAUUUCCAAAUCUCCCUUUUUCAGGAGCUUCACAAUUACCGCACUCAUGUCUACGGUCAUCUCAAGUUCUCCACGAAUCUGGAGAGCGCUGUGAAGAGCGCCGACUUGGUGGUCGAAGCCAUUCCCGAAGACAUGAACAUGAAACAGGAUUUGUUCGCCAAAUUGGAGAAGAUUUGCCCGAAAACCACCGUAUUCACGACAAACACGUCCAGCUUGUUGCUCAAAGACAUGAGCCAAAAAAUGGUGGACAAGUCGCGCCUCGGAGGCCUUCAUUUCUUCUUCCCGGUGCCGUACAGCGGGGUUGUUGAGGUGAGUUGGAUUUUUCUUCAAUUGAAGGAAAAUUUCAAUAAAAAUUUUUAUGAAUUUUGAGAUUUUUUACUCCAAAAAACCAGUUUUUGCCAAAAAAUCGAAUUUUUUAUUUUGAUUGUUUUCGUGGUGGGACCUGAAAAUAGUCUGUUAUUCUUGCAGAAAUGAAGAUUUUGAAGCAUCGUAUUUUAUUUACCAUGAAAGUUUUGAUGAUUUUUUUUGUUUUCCGUUGAAUUUUAGCCGUUCUCAGGUUUUCGUGGUAGGACCAAAAAAUUUUUUUGUUCGAAAAAAAUUUUUUUUAAUUUCUAAAAAUUGAUUGAUUUUGAGUAUUUUUAAAAGUCAAAUAAAAAAAUACAAUCUUUUUCACCUCCAAUCUUCAGAAAAAAUGAGAUUUUUUGUGCGAAAUAUUGCAAAAUUCAAAAAAAAAAAAAAAAAAAAAAAAAUUUUUUGCGAUUUUUGAAUUUAAAACUUGGCAUUCUGUUUCAAGUCAUGAUACAAUAUUUCCACAAAAAAUCAACUUUUUUCCCAAAAAAUUCGCAAAGAUAUGGCUGAAAAGAUGGUAUUUCUCUGCCCGUCUCUCCAUUCUCGCACUCUCUCGUCCCAAAUAUCGGCGAAUAUCUCAGCUCUUCUUGCAAAACUCGCGACAAAAAUUUGAGGGAUUGAUGUGUAACUCUUACAGAGUAAAUACACAAAAUUAGAAACAAAAUUGAAAAAAAAAUUUUUUGAUUUUGAAAAAAAAUUUAUAUCUCAAGUCUCAUUUCCAGGUCAUGAAGAGCAUCUACACCUCCGACGCCAUCUUUGCGAGACUCGUCAAAGCGGCGGUGGAGCUGGAGAAAUACCCGUUGAAGUGCAAGGCAAGUGAUUAGCUGACAACUUUAGCUUUUUCAGGACACCCCGGCGUUUAUUGUGAACCGAAUCAACAACGCGAUGUUCGAUCAGGCCCUGGCUCUGGUUGAGAACGGAAUUGCGAGCGUUGAGGACGUGGAUACGGGCCUAGAGAAGGCUAUGGGCUAUCCGUUGGGACCGUUUAAGACGCUGGACAGGAUUGGGUUGGAUACGGCGAAGAGGGUUAGAGAUGGUAAGAAUUGUCGGAAUUUCAAGCAAAAAUGAGUCAAAAACACUCAAGAAUAAUAUAAAAAAUCGCUAGAAAAGUAAGAAAACGGUUGUUAAAAUACGACUUGAGGAUCUUGUGAACGUUUUUUUGUAGUGUUGAGAGUUUUUGACCGAUUUUUGGAGCUUGCGACAGAAUGCCAAAAUAGGCGGGAAAUUCGAAUUUUUGAAAUAAUUUGAAAAUUUGAAGUCUAUGCUCUAAUAGAGGACGUUUUUAGCUAAUUAGCAGUCAUUUCGCACAGUUUUUUCAACUUGCAACAGAAUGCCAAGAUUUUAAAAUUUUGGCGGGAAAUUUGAAUUUUUCGCGGCAAAUUUUAUAAAAAACCACAAAAGAUUUUUCAAGAAACAAGAUAAUGCAUUCUAAAAUAGAUUUUUCAUGUUUUUUCACCUUGCAACAGAAUGCCAAAAUCUCAAAAUUUUGGCGGAAUAUUUGAAUUUUCAAAAAUUUUUCAAUGUAAACUCGCUGUAGCAGUCUCUCUAACUCGGAAAAUUAGCUUUUUUUUAUUUCAGAACUUCGCCGAUUGUACCCCGAAAUCGGAGUUCGCCCUCCGGGCAUCAUCGAAAAACUGGUCGCCGAAGGCAAAUUGGGACUCAAAACUGGCCAAGGAUUUUACGAUUACUCGAAAAAAUCUAAAUUGUAG